GGCUACGCGGCAACGCUAUUGCGACGCUCGGUCUACAACUGUUUCGCGUUCUCGAAGUAUUUUGAACGAUCCCCAGCAACUGAGCAAGCAACCUGGCUGGAGCUUUCCGAUGAUGACUGGAAUCUUAUUGUCGAAAUGGAGGCAAUUACUAACCAGUUGGCACAGUUUAGUCUUGGUGAGGUGCAAAAGGAGGGGGUCUCCGGUUCGAACGCUCUUCUUUUUCGUAAACUCCUGAAAUUGACGUUUCCGUGCUUGGUGCUAGAGCGCCCAGAUGUACUGAGCACUGAGUUUACGCAGAGGCGUAUAUCCAAGGAGGUCAAGAACUUUUCAGAACAAGGUAAAUGUUGCCUGUUGCGCCUAAAUGAGCAGUGGGCUCUUCGCUUCCCUGAACCUGACGACAAUGAAAUGAAGGCGAUACUACUGGUGUGA